GCCGGGUGCGGAGGAGGGGAGGGGUCAUGACAGGAUUCCAGCAGCAGUUCAAGCUGGAUCUCACAACACCUGACAGCCUCUGAGCCGCGGCUCCUGCACGCUUUCAAGCUCGGUCUCUCCUUGCUUUCUGGGCCAUGGCCUCCCUAUGGAGAGCAGUUCAGCGGGUGGCGUCAGCGGUGCGGCCUCCUCUCUCUUCCUUGUGUCGCAAUACCGCUCGGACCUACAGCUCGGAGCCCACCAAGGAAAAAAGUGUUCCCUACGAGAAGACUCUCAAACAGGAAGAUGGAGCCUCCUCUGGACCCACUAAAAAGUUACCCAGGUCCGCGGAUGCCGUGGUGAUCGGAGGAGGCAGUCUAGGCUGUCAGACCGUUUACCACCUGGCUAAAAUGGGGAUGUCCAACGUAGUUCUUCUGGAGAGAGACAGACUGACUGCUGGCACCACGUGGCACACUGCAGGCCUGCUGUGGCAGCUCCGCCCCAGUGAUGUCGAGGUUGAGCUCCUAGCCCACACGAGGAAUGUGAUCAGCAAAGACCUGGAGGAGGAGACCGGUCUCCACACCGGCUGGAUCCAAAAUGGAGGACUCUUCAUUGCCUCUAACAAGCAGAGGCUAGAUGAGUACAAGCGCCUCAUGUCGCUGGGUAAAGUCUAUGGUAUCGAGUCCCAUGUCCUCUCACCUGCGGAGACCAAGGACCUGUAUCCUCUGAUGAACGUUGACGAUCUGUAUGGAACUCUGUAUGUACCAAAGGAUGGCACCAUGGACCCAGCGGGCACCUGCACCACCCUGACCAGAGCUGCCACUGCCAGGGGAGCCAUGGUGAUCGAGAACUGCCCUGUGACUGGUAUCCAAGUGCGGACAGAUGACUUUGGUAUCAAGAAGGUGAAGGCAGUGGAGACCGCUCAUGGGACAAUUGAGACGCCUUGUGUGGUGAACUGCGCAGGUGUGUGGGCCAGCAAGCUGGGGGCGAUGGCCGGAGUCAAGGUGCCUCUCAUCGCGAUGCAUCACGCCUAUGUGGUGACGGAGAGAAUCGAAGGCAUACAGAACAUGCCAAAUGUCAGGGACCACGAUGCAUCAGUGUACCUGCGCCUCCAGGGUGACGCCCUGUCUGUCGGCGGAUAUGAACACAACCCCAUCUUCUGGGAUGAGGUGUCUGAUAAGUUUGCCUUCAGCCUGUUUGACCUGGACUGGGACGUAUUCAUGCAACAUAUUGAGGGUGCUAUCAACAGAGUUCCCGUUCUGGAGCAGACUGGCAUCAAGUCCACAGUCUGUGGACCAGAAUCAUUCACAGCAGACCAUAAGCCACUGAUGGGAGAAGCCCCAGAGGUCAGAGGUUUUUUCCUGGGCUGCGGCUUCAACAGUGCUGGCAUGAUGCUGGGAGGUGGUUGUGGUAGAGAGCUGGCUCACUGGAUCAUACAUGGCCGCCCUGAGAAGGAUAUGUAUGGCUACGACAUCAGACGCUUCCAUAACUCGCUGACAGACAACCAGCGCUGGAUCAGAGAGAGGAGCCACGAGUCGUAUGCUAAAAACUACUCGGUGGUGUUCCCCUUUGAUGAGCCGCUGGCCAGCCGAAACAUGAGGAAGGACCCCUUCCAUCAGGUGCUGACGGAGCAGGGCUGUGUGUUCCAGGAGAGACAUGGCUGGGAAAGACCUGGCUGGUUCAACAAAGACGGGGCCGCUCCUGUUAAAGACUAUGAUUACUAUGGAGCUUAUGACACGAAGAAGAAUGUGGACUACAAAUACAACGAAUUGCUGGGGAAAGAGUACACCUUUGACUUCCCUCCACAUCAUGAUGUGAUUAAGAGCGAGUGCCUCUCAUGUAGACACGGUGUGGCCGUGUUUGACAUGUCCUACUUUGGAAAGUUCUAUCUCACUGGACCAGAUGCCAAGAAGGCGGCUGAUUGGCUGUUCACUGCUGAUGUCAACAAGAAGCCGGGCUCCACUGUGUACACCUGCAUGCUGAAUAAGAGAGGAGGGGCGGAGGCUGACCUGACAGUGAGCAGGCUGGAGCCUGGUGCUGCCAACCUGCCCCUGGCACCACAGUCCAAUGGUGACGCUUACUACCUGGCCAUCGGAGGCGGUGUAGCAGAACACAACUGGAACCACAUUAGAACAGUUCUUCAUGACCAAGGCUUCCACUGCCAGCUGACAGACCACUCUGAGGACAUGGGGAUGAUCAGCAUCCAGGGACCCAAGAGUCGAGAGGUACUUCAGGAGGUGCUGGACACAGACCUGAGCAACGAAGCUUUCCCCUUCUCUACCCACAAAGUUGUCAAUGCGGCAGGGCAUCAGGUGCGAGCUAUGCGUCUGUCAUUUGUCGGAGAGCUCGGCUGGGAGCUGCACAUUCCCAAAGACUCCUGCCUUCCGGUCUACCAUGCUGUCAUGGCUGCUGGCGCAAAGCACGACAUCAUCAACUCAGGCUACAGGGCUAUCGACUCACUCAGCAUAGAGAAAGGGUACAGACAUUGGCACGCUGACCUUCGCCCAGAUGACACGCCCUUGGAGGCGGGCCUGGCCUUCACCUGCAAAAUGAAGAGUUCGAUCCCGUUCCAGGGCCGCGAUAGGCUGGAGAAACAGAAGGAGGAGGGGCUGAGGAGGCGCAUCAUCUGUCUCACCAUUGACGAGAAAGUGCCGAUGUUCGGUCUGGAGGCCAUUUUCCGUAACGGCGUUCCCAUUGGUCACCUGCGGCGUUCUGACUACGGCUUCUUUAUCGACAAAACCAUCGGCUAUGGAUACAUCCGCAACCCUGAUGGAGGAGUGGUGAGUGCCGAUUUCAUAAAGAGCGGCGAGUUUACCCUGGAGAGGAUGGGAGUGACGUACAAGGCCAAGGCCCACCUCAAAUCUCCAUUUGACCCUGAGAACAAACGCGUCAAGGGCAUCUAUGCUUGAGAUGGACUACACAUGUGAAGGCACUGUGGUUGAGGAAUGAGGCGGAGGAGUUUUUUUUAAGUGCAGGUGCAGCUGUUUCUUAACCUCUCUGUGAAAUACCUCUCUCAAAUGUUGAUAGUUUCAUCCCAAGUGUAUUUGUGAUUUGAUUGAAAUGGAGGGGAUGUGAUGGAACUCGUACUCCAUUCAUAAUGUAGUCUUUUAUCGAUGAUCAAAAAUCUGUUUCAGCAUGUGAAAGAAGUGUAGAUUAAAAUCUGACAUGAAUCUUCUUUACACCCACUCUAGGUUUGAGAAUAAACGUGUUCUCUUGUGAAUGCUAUGAGCAGAAGUACUACUGUUAAGACAAAUUCAAUCUUUGUAUCUCAAGUAAUAAAAUCUUUUUUUUUUUUUCUGGUACAGCUGAGUAAAGUGAAAAAGAGCCUUUCAUGAUCCAACUAACUUUGGCUACAUUUCCCGGACUGAUCUCAAGGACUCAUACAGCACAUGAUCGAUUUUUAGCCAGUUUUAGAAAGAGAAACUAAACUGGACCAUCAACAGUCAAAUUGAGCUGAUCCAGAACGGAGCCUUCAUCCGUCCAUGCCAUUGGAGUUUGCGAGCGGAGGUUGCAUCUCUGAUUUUUAGGCCUCCUCUGAAAACUGUGAUAAGCCUUAACACCCGGUAACUCCAAAAGUCUUAAUCUAACUUGCUGAAGAACUAGCAGCUAGCUAGGACAGUAUUACAGGUGUGAUGGUAGUGUUUUAUGUGAAGCACAUACAGCUGCUGCCCUUGUACUGAUAACUGGACUAAAAGAAGAGUUACAGAUGCAUGCGAGUGGAGAGUAAAUACCAUGAAUUCUCAAUUAGUGACCAGAGCUUAUGUGUGCUUAGACUGAAGAGAAAACUGCUGCUACCUUUAUUAGACAAACGCUAAUGUUAGAGUCAAGCCAUUGAUUCUAAUUUUGUCCUUAAGUGCACAGUAUUGUGGUGCUACAAUGUUUCAUUUCUGAUUUAUCCUCCAUAGAUUCCUGUAUUAGGCAGUAAAAGUAUUGUCAAACUAAACACUAACCCUUCAGACAGUUUGAGUCAGAUUACAGCGACUGAUGUUUGUGCUGAUAACAAUGAGUCAAAAACAGUUUUGCUUGCUUGCGCGGUGUCUAAAUCUUAGGCAGACAGCCCGAGUGUUUAUCAGAGUUGGAUGGAAAGGGAGGAAAAAAAACACCCGGAGGCCCAUCGUACCAGCCGGGAGGAGAAAACACUGCUGGAGAAAAAUGACAGAGAAAGACGUGAGUUAUCAGAAAGCGGCUGUUACAGAUAGAACCCCCUUGUUUUCUGAUCGCCCCCCCCCCCCCCCCCCCCCCCGCUGCUGUGCUCCACGGUGACGAACUGCUGUCGCUGCUCAAACUCAGUUCUCUUAGUUUAGUUUUGAAAAAGAUGCAUUGUUUUUUAAUAAGGCCAUCUAGCAAUCCAGGCAUUCUUAAGAGCUCUCGCUCUGUCUUGCUCUGCUGUUAAAUCAGGCUCAACAUUUUGUGCAUGUGUUUAUUGGUGAAGCCCCCCGAGCAGUUCAGGGGGCAUAAUCACAUCUCCUUUUACUCUGACGCAUCUGCAGGAGGCGUUGAGCAACAGCACACUGAAAAACGCUGCAGCCUCAUUAAUACUUUCAUUCAAAAUGUGACCUGGUACAGCAGAGUAUAUCAGGACUGUAUUGUAGGACUAAUUAAAAUGUAAAUCAUGGUGAAUCAGCUACCCAAGUCCUUACAGGCUAUUUGAGACAGGUUGUACUUCGACAAUUAAUUAGAGAACUUGGUGCCUUCAUGUAUACACUGUGUGUGCAUACACGCAGAAAAUCUAAAACUGCUAAUAGGUUUUCUAGCUAGUAAGCGCCCAGUUUCUUAAUAGACAGUUUACGGUGGUUAGAAUGAAAAUUUCUUACGAUACUUUCCAUUUAAAAACCACUCGUUUAGCACCUUGAUAACUGAGUCAUGUCUUUGAUGCAGGUGCAGGUAUGUGCUGUAAUCAAAGACGUUUCAUCAAGUCUUUGUGUUUCCGUCUGCGUCUACAUGCUGUUAGUACAAGUUUUAGUUUUGACACUUCACGCAGAAUUUGGUUAUUAAUUCUAUUUUCCGCCUGUGUUUACAUCCACUGACACUGACACAGUUGAGGCCAGACGAUAAUCACAGUUCGUCGCACACACUACGCGAACAGCAGCCAGAGAAGUACGUGGAAGUCGAGGAAGGCAUUUGUAUGUAAAGCUAUUACUCGCCUCUCGGAUGUGUUCUGCUGCACAUUCAGCACAAAAUGUUUACUAAUGUGGAAUGAUUCAUUGAUUCUGCCCAGAAGGCCAUUAAUCAUUGAAGUGGUUGUUCUCAGUAGUGGCUUAGGUUAAUAAUAAGAUUUAUAUGGGAAAUGUGAAACAGACUGAUAAAACACGAUCAGUGCUGGUGCUCUGAUUCAGUUCCUUUUUUCUAAUCCAGUUCAUAGAAUUUCUCUUCCAUGGUGCAAUGUGAAUAUUGCAAAAGUCUUGAUGAUUGAAAGCAGGUGAAGUUGAUUCUUACUGUAAAUGCAAACAGUAUAUAUUCUUCUAAAUGUGGUUUGUAAAGUUGUUAUUCGUGUUGUUGUUGUCUGGUGAGAAUUCUUCGACCAGUUUAAAGAGCAAAAGAACCAGUGGAAGGAUCUGUAUCACUGAUGCUGUUCAAAGCCAUCUGUGUAUUAAAAAAUGACUUUCUA